CGAGAAGCUACGGCGAACAUUGUCAGAAUCGGAGUUGGAGGCUUUGGGCAAGACGCCCUUUGGUCAUUUGCUGGAUGUUGGCAAUCUUAAAUGGGUUAAUGGACAACUCCUAAUACUUUUAGCGUUGAACUAUAUUUGGGGGUAGAAGUGUUGUGACACGUGAUGAAGUGCGGGUGGUCUUAGAGGGUCUAAAGGACAACAAGAGAAAAAGAGGGAUGGAUGGCGUGAAGAUAGGAGUCCUUUACCUUCUGGGCAGUCACAUAGUUGGAAACCAACCCUCCAUGAAACUGCCACCACUUUAUUUGCAUUUGGUAGAUGACUUGUCCCGUUUGAACGCGUAUCCCUGGGGCGAUGAGAUUUGGGAUCUUUUGGUUGAGGACAUGGCAAAGUGUUCAUUGACUUUGAGGACAAGUAAAAAGGACCGGUUCACAUUCCCGGGAUUUUUAAUGGCUUUGCAGAUUUGGGCAUUUGAGACAUUCCCAGGUCUGGAGAAAAGGGAAGUGUGCGAGAUGAUAGAGAGUCGGAGAGGCAAAUGGCCGCGUGCUUUACGAUGGGCAACACCAACACUGACAAAUCACAUAGUGUUGGAGGAAGUGAUCUUCAGUAAUGAUAAGUUUGAAUGGAUUGGCAUGAAGGCAACUGCCUUGGAGAUUGGGAAAGAGAAUGUUAAGUGUCUCUUUUUAAAUACCCCAAUGAUUGAAGGAGAUGGAAGCCUUAAAGUACUGCAAGUGUGUGAUCAAGGAGCCAAUUCCAGGAGUCUUGAAGGCCCGCCCAGUAAUGAGCAUGGUGGACAAGAAGAGGGGGGGAUCCUUGCGGAAGGAAAGAAUACAUUUCAUUGGGGGGUUGCUUGUGAUAAUGGAGGAGAAGCCCGAAGUACUAAGCAUGUUGGUAAGAAGCGUAAACCCAACAUAAGGAACCUGAGUCAAGGCGAAAAAGGGAAAAAGAGGACAUGUGGCAAGAAAGGUGAUGACAAGGCAAGGAAAGGGGUUAAUGAAGAGUUGUUGGAAAAAGUCACAAAACUGGAGGAGAUGGUUACUGGUCUAGUGGCAGCAAAUGUGUUGGAUCGCAAAUUGCUUGUGAGCUUGCAUGGGAAAGUGAAGGGAAUGCAAAGAGCACAUGAGAGGCAUGCAGUUCUGAUGGACAGAUGCUUGAAGAAGUGUGGUUUAAUACGUAGGAGGAAGAAAGGAAUUAAAAAGAGCAGACAACAUGCUGAAGAUGGUCCUAGCUUUGACCUAGGCAUUGAGCAUGGAGGUAAUGAGGAUUCAGCAGCUGAUCAAGAAGAAGGUAGUGAGGACAAUGUAAAUUUAGGUGCAUCUGAUUAUGAGAUAGAAAACCCUACCCAACUUAAUGACUUGGAUGACACGAUUAAUUCUGUUGAUACACAAAUUCUUUUGGAACGUUGUGCUGUCAUGGUACGCAAUAUUGUGCGUGACAAUGGGGGGGAUGUUGGACAUUAUAGCGCGGAAGAGACUGUAAGGGUGGAGAAUCAUGUGGAGAAGAUUGCUAGUGAGGACAUGAGAUCUGGGGAUUCCAAUGUGCCUAUCGCUAUCCUAGCUGAAAAGGAGGGGAUUCAGGUUCUUGAUAAUUGCGGCAGUCUACAAGGUAAUGCCGUGGGGAUGAGUGUGGGAAGGAACGGAGUCACACCAACACAGCUGAGUGAGGAACACAACCCCAGAGGGCAUGGUGAUGCAUAUGACCGACCAAAACGGAAAUUGAAAUCUCCUGAGAGGUUCACUUUUUCAGAUAAAAAAGCUGGUGACCAACGCAAGCAGGCAAAAAGAAGGGCCGAUGUUAUUGAGAGUAAGUCAGUAUGUGAUGAACUGUGCCUCGGUCCUUUCACCAAGGAGCCGAUGGAACUUCCUGAGGUAGGGGUUUUAGAGAGGGUUGACACCUUCAUGCAUAAGGGUCUGCUGAAAAAGCCAAAGAACCCUGGACGGAGAUACACUGCUACAGAUGAAAAGCUCAGUGCAGAUGCUAUAAUGGCGCUUGAUGAUGAGGAGGACAGCUUGAGCAAAACAUGGUAUUACAACCUCUAUUUCCCUGAUGGGUGCCUAUCAUACCUGCAUAUGAGUGUGGCAUUUUAUUUUCUGCGGAAGAAAGCCGCCGACUUUGGUCUGGAGCAGAAGUUUGCAACUACAAGCCCAGCAUUUGUUGAGCUAUUGUGUGUGUUAUAUGAGCGUGUUUUGAAAAGAGAGAUUACAGAUUCUGAUGCAGCACAGAAUUCAGACGUAUUGAACACCAUCAAAGGAAAUAAUAUGGAGUAUGGGCGUGCGUGGUCCGAGGCGGAUUUUGUGUACAUGCCACUGAACACAGGAUCCGAAUGGGUACUGCUUGUGGUUGACAUACGUGGAAAACUCAUCCGGGUUUACGACACGAAUGUUUACAGAGGGGGGUUCUUGAAGAAAUUGCACCCAUUUUUGCCGUCUUUGCAGAUGUUUUUGCCAGUUUUAAUGGGUAAGUUGGCGGUAUAUAAGGACAGUACGGAUAGCAAAGAAUCUCACACUGCGUUUCCAGUUGAACCUAUCUUGGAGUGUCCGCAAAAAAAGGACGGGUAAAACUUUUAUACCCUGAUAUUGUUUUUUUGGGUGUUACUGUUGUCCGUUAAGUAGCAAAGUUCACUUAAAAACUAUUUGAAGGAUAGAUGAAUUUAUAAGUGCAUUUUACCGUUUCAAUAAAAGACCAAGCUCCGGAAUUUUUGUGAUGAAAAUGGCAGAGCUUUUGAUGAUGGGGAGAGGAGUGAUUGAAAUCAAGCCAGGACAGAUAAAUACAUAUCGGAAUAAAAUUACUGCGGACCU